GUUCAAUUGCACCUAGUCUACCGUUUGUCUCCAUGCAGGAACGAGUACUCUGAGCACGAACCCAUCGUGUAACUAUUCUCAAUCUACUUUGAGAUGACAUAAGCCUUAACCUUUCACAAUCAGAUUCCGUUGAUCCGCCUUGUGUCUCGGUAGUAAACGGGUACAGCCCUCUCUCUCUCCUUGGGUUGAGCGUCGAGACUGGACGGGCCUUAAGGAACUACCGUCGAGCCAUGCGUUAUUCUCCCCUUCACUGAUUUGAUUAGCUGCGCCUUUUUUUUGAGCAUGGUUUCAUCCGAAGAACAAUCUGCACCAGAAUCGUCUGCCUCUGCGCAUCCUCCACUUUAUCGUGCGCUUAAGUCUAGAAGAGCGGAUUAUGUUCGUCCGCAAACGAUUCGGAUUAAGGUAGGGACGUGGAAUGUGGCUGCUCGUUCUGGGACAGAUAGGGAUGUACGGGAGUGGUUUGUGAAGGGAAAGGGAGUUGUUCGACAACUAUGUGGUCAUAAGGUGUCGGAUGACCAAAGGACAUCUACAGAUAAUAAAGGAGGAAAAGAACAGGAAGAAGACGAAGAGAGCGGAGACGAGAAAACCGUUCCAUUUCCUCGCGGCGACAAGGAUAAUAAUCCAGAAGGGAUCGGACUCUACGUUCUUGGGUUGCAGGAGAUUGUCGACAUCAAUUCGCCUACAGAGACGUUGAAACCAUAUCAUGAUUCUGCGCCGGUGAAUAAGUGGAAAAAGGCAGUUCAGGAUGCCCUUCCUACAGGCUAUCAGUUGGUCGCAGAAUCACAGUUGGUGGGACUAUUGCUUCUGAUAUACGCUUCCCCUUCCGUUGCUGGCAACAUAUCAUCGGUCAGCAAUAGUAACGUAGCUACCGGGCUACUAGGAUAUGUAGGAAAUAAAGGAGCCGUCUCAGCGCGCCUUGUGCUUGGGCAGACUACACCGCUAGUCUUUGUGAACUGCCAUCUGGCUGCUGGGUCAGACAAGGGAAGUUUGGAUCGCAGAAAUUGGGAUGCUGGUCAGAUUCUUAGCCGCACGAAAUUCAACCCUGUCGAUAUCCAACAUGAGCUUGUUGAUGACUCCAUCGAGACCAUAGGGAAGGAGGAUGUCGCCUUCUGGUUCGGAGACCUCAAUUACCGACUGGACCAUAUCCCGGCCAACGAUGUGCGGAAUGUCCUUCAUCGACACACUUUGAAUAGCUAUGAUGGUACGGACAAGUCUCAGGGUCAAUCCAAGGCUCAGAGUGAUUCUCCGUCACAAUCCACCCCUGAAGGAGAUGGCAAGGCAGACUCGUCCAACCAAGAUGGGGAGGAGACAUUAGACAUCCCUCCAUGCCUUUCCGACGAGGAGGUAGAUCCCCAUACCGAUCCUAGUUCCCUUCAGACGACCAUCUCUUCCCUAAUUCCGCAUGAUCAGCUUCGAAUCCAACAGAAGCAAGGAAAGGCUUUCCAGAAUGGCUGGCGGGAGGGUCCUAUCACAUUUUUGCCAACAUACAAAUACGACGUGGGAAGAGUAGCUGUAUUCGACACCAGCGAGAAGCUUCGGGGUCCCAGCUGGUGCGAUCGAAUACUAUACCGAACACGCCAGGACCGAUUGAGUUACGAACAGCAAGAAAAAGAGGCUCAGGAAGCUAAAAGGAAGGAUGAAGAGAUGAAAAAGAGUGGACUCGCCCAGGCAGUUAGUGAUGAUACUGUGUUAUUUGAUUACGACCCUGCUACCGAUGGUGCCAACGAGGACGAGUAUGAACCUUCUGAGGCCCAAUCGACCGGCAAUUUGUCCGCAGAAGCGCAGAAAAUUUCCAACGACCCUGUUCGUCUCGAGUAUUACCAGUCUUGCCAGGCCAUUCUCACCUCUGACCAUAAGCCGCUCCAAGCUGUGUUUACACUGACAUAUGAGUCCGUAAUUCCCGAACUGAAGGCUAAGGUGCAUCAAGAGGUAGCCUGGGAACUGGACAGAGCUGAGAACGAGUCUCGGCCGGGCCUGACAGUCGUUGUGGACGAUCCUGAAGUUAUGCGGGACACUUCUCGGGGAGAAGAUGGGGAUGCGAAUGCAAUUGAUUUCGGAAGUGUUGCAUACAACAUUCCUGUCAGUCGGUCUCUGACUGUGGCCAAUACUGGCAGUGUCCCUGCAACUUUCUACUUUGCGGAGAUACCUGGUUUUGCAAAAGAUACUCUACGUGCGGUACCUCCUUGGUUGAACAUCCAAGUUGAGAAGAAGGUCGACCAUGAGGGUGAUGGGAAACAAAAACCGCACACUGGGGAACAUUCUCUGCUGCCAGGAGAGCUUGCUACGAUCCAAAUCAUUGUACAUGUUAGGGAUAUGAACCACGUUCGUGUGCUCAAUUACGGGGAAGUGAAAUUAGAAGAGAUACUGGUUCUCCGGGUGAAGGACGGCCGAGACCACUUCAUCUCCGUACAUGGGAAAUGGCUUCCCACCUGCUUUGGCCUCAGCGUGGACGAUCUGACUCACAUGCCAGAAGAAGGUGCUCGCACACUGGAGGCAACGCCUGAAGCAUGGGCACGACAAAGGGAACGUGCAAGUGCGCGCCUUUCGGCUCCUAGAGAGCUUUUCCGGUUGACGGAAACAAUUUCUGAGCUGACAGAACGCGCUGUUGCUGAAUGGAGCAUGACAAAAAGCGGAUCGGAUGAGGAAUCAUCUCCACCAUGGUUGUCAGAGCCUUAUGGGAUGAAGUGGCCGUUCACGAAGGAGACGUGGACUCUGCAAGAUCAGGAAAAGCGAGCACCACUACUUGCUAUCGCACACGAAGCUCUAGAUACGAACAAACCACUCAACAGCAUAUUCCCACCAGAGGUUCCUGCACUUCAGUAUGUGGAAAUUCUGUCUGAGGUGCUCCUUGCCUUCCUUCAUUCUUUAAGUGACGGCAUCGUCACAACAGCCGUAUGGCAGAAGCUAGAGCAGGAUAUGAUCGCCCGGGAGAAGGCCAAAAUGCCUCCUCGCACCUGGGAGGAGGUGCAGACAUGGGUGUUAGAGAAUCUUUCAUAUUCACCCGCACACAGCGUCUCCUUCACCUUCGUCACCUUUAUGCUUGGCCAUAUUGUCAACGAAGUUGCCCCCAUGCGACAGCAGGAACCACCAGGAAAGCCGCCUUCUGAUCCACAACAGGAUGGACCUUCGCCUCCAUCACCCGCUAAGGAAGGGCAACAGCAACGGAUGAACCCCCCUCCCCCAACACCCGCGUCAACAGCAGCAUUCAUCGCCGCUGGCAGUUUCCGCCGACGUGCACGCACUGUUACCUCCUCGUCGUCCUCUUCGGAGACGCCCUCUUCAGGGGACAAUCCUUCUUUGGUCCGGCGACAAGCUGUUGAAACCGCACUCGCUACCGUGUUCUCCUCCUACCUUAUCUCUUCUGAUGUGCCUGUUCCAUCGAAGGACAAGGAGAAGCGAGCGCUGGAAGCCAGGAAAAGGGGCAUUAUUGAACCCUUUUUGAAGACCUUUGGGGUGGACUAGUAAUGAGUCUUCCAGGUGAUACAAAUAUAAAAUUGGGGCGGAUGUUGAGGGUGGAGCAGUGCAACUGUCUCUUUUUGGCUUCAUUCUGCACCGUGUAUACAUGGGAUUUCUAUUUCUUUCUUUCUUUCUUUCUUCCUUCCUUCCUUCAUCGCCUUCAUUAACUCUGUAGUUAUUCGGUUUGAUACAGAUCUGUGUGUGCGGUGUA